AUGGCGGAUGCUCCGAACGCCGAGAGCCCCCCGUGCACGCGACCGCCACGUCCGAGUACCCUGGAGCGACACACGAACCCCCGGUUGCUCCUGAUGCUGCGUCAUUACGAGGUGAGUGACAGCAGCAGGAUGCCCCUCCCACCGCCACCCUUCACUCAGGCCAACCAGCAGAGCCCGGAGGAGGUCAAAGGUGGCCCCGCCCACCUACUCCCGGACCUCCGCCAAGGCACGGACCACCCCUACUUCCGCCUGUACCAGUACCUCCACCAGGGGGCGCCACACAAGAAAGAUUGCUCGGCCGGUGCAUCGUCGCCCCGCCCCCCCCAGCCCAACCAUCUCCAUGACGAUGCUCCGAGCCUCGCCCCGCCCCCUUCUGCAGGCUCCUCCCCUGUCCCGCCUUCUCACCGCCAUCAGAGUCGCCGAGGCCACGCGCCCUCCCCACCGACCACUUACGACCGAGACGAGCCCCUCCCGCCGGCCCCUCCCGUCCAGGCCCCGCCCUCCUCUCUGGCCUCGACUGCCUAUGGCGGGGAGGUGGAGCUUCUGCAGCCACACGCCUCCCCUGGCGGCAAGAGAACCUCCCCUUCGCUGGGAGGCCACACCCCCUCCAGGGAUCCUCCGCCCGUCUCUCCCGCCCGCAGGCCGGCGCCCCCCGCAGCCGCCAAAGAGGCUCCGCCCCCUCCUCCGUACAGGACAGCGGGGAGCCCCUCCCAGUCCUCUGACCCCCCCGUCAGGGGUAAGCCCCCCCCUCCGCCGCCCCCCCCUCUCCGCCAUGGACACGCCUCCUCCGUCAUUCCGUGUCUGGGAGACGACUUUGAGUCCAAAUAUUUGUUUCAUCCGCUGGACGACUUCCCUCCUCCAGACGAGUAUCGACACUUUGCCAAGAUCUACCCGAGCAAGGCCUACUCAGCCAUGCGAGGGGCUCCCCCGUUGCCCCCGGUGGGCAGGUGAAGACUGCGCUGCCCUUUGAUGACAUCAUCGCAUCCCCCCUCCCCCAUGUGAGUGACCAUUGGAGGGAAGCCGCGAAUCGGAUGAGACAGUCUGCCCGUUUCUUCCUCCUCCUGAGCAGCCGCGCUUCUGUUGUGGGCGGAGCCUCGGCCACGACAGAUGUCACGUGAAUGCUUAGAGUCGCAUUUUCAAAACACUUUGCGCGCUAACGUUGUCCCCUCGCUAGACUAACUUUUUCGCCUAACAUUGUCACAUCGCUAAGCUAGCGUCACCCUGCUAGGCUAGCAUUGUCACCUGGCUCGUGUAAACUUGUCAUCUCACUAGGCUAUCGUUGCUAGGGCUAAUGUCAUCACAUUGCUAGGCGAGCAUUGUCACCACACAAGGCUAACAUUAUAACCUCGUUAGGUGAACGUGGCAGUGUCGCUAGGCUAGUGUCACUAAAGUUGUCACAUCGCUAGGCCAAAGUCACAUUAGGCUAACGUCAGCACAUUGUUAGACUAACGCACUGCACUCGGCUAACGUUGUCAAAUCGCUAAGCUAAUGUCACAUCACUAGAUUAAUGCGGUUCUGUCGCUGUGCUACAAUUGCUAGGCUAACACAGUCAUGUCAUGAAGUCCGCAUCACCUUGCUACCCUGACAUCGGUGUACUGGGCUAACACACUCACCUGGCCAAGCUAACAUGGUCACGUCGCUAGGCUAAUGCAGCGAUCCAUCUCAUAUUGACAAGGAACUUUCUGGAAGAAUUUCAGCAGGCUGGGACAAGAAGUGGAGAGUUCUUUGACUUGUCAUCCUCGCUGUGUUUGUUUGUUUGUUUGUUUGUUUGUGGCAUGUGUCUUUAGCUCAACUUGGAAAGGUCAUCUUACUGAACCUGAUUUUAUUUUGAAAGGUAGACUUGUUUACGCUCUUUUCCUGCGGCUGUGGUCAUGUGCUUUUACUCCAGCUGUAAUCACGAAAAUAACAACAGCUCAAAAGCUUAUUUAACAAGGAAAUAAUGAAAGCGUGUUCGCCGUGGUCUCCAUCCGUAAGAGUCGUGAAUUAACGACGUCGUCCUUUCCUCUUUCCUUUCCAAAGCAACCAAAAU